CGUUUUAACCUUAGAAUUAAAAACAAAGAAUAAACACAAAAACAAUAACCUCACAGGUAAUGUGACAAAUGAUACGUUAUACGUGUCAUAACCUUACAGGCAAUUUAAAGCCUGAACCACCCAAAAAUAAUCUGUCUCUCAAAUCUGAAUCGCUCAGAGAUUACCAGUCAACAGCAAACCCUAGAACAACUGAUAUCAAUCCUACAUUCUCAGAUAUUUCUUCACCGAUUUCUUCAUCCAGUGUUAAUGCGAAACCCUAACGACUCCGUGUUACUAUUUGUGCGUCAGAGCGGAGAAUUGAGGUGUCAUCUUUUCUGCGACAGUUGUUGAUUAAGUUACGGUGAUGAGUAGCGGUGAAUCACCGCAGCUGUGGCACCGGAAAGAUGUGGAGUCCGGUGGUGGAAGUAGCGGCGGAUAUGAGGAGUAUGAGUCGGUUAAUGAUCCGUUUGAUAUUGUUCGGACUAAGAGUGCUCCUGUUGAUCGCCUGAGAAGAUGGAGGCAAGCGGCACUUGUAUUAAAUGCUUCCCGUCGAUUCCGCUAUACUUUGGAUUUAAAAAAGGCGGAAGAGAAGAAAGAAAUUAUAGCAAAGAUCAGAACUCACGCUCAAGUCAUACGAGCAGCCUAUCUUUUUCAAGCAGCUGGAGAAAAACCAGAUGGAACCCCAAAAGCAUCCCCAUCUCCCAUUCCUACUGGUGAUUAUGAUGUUAGUCCCGCACAGCUUGCUACAAUGACAAGAGACCAUGAUUUUUCUGCUUUGCAAAACUUUGGAGGGGUUAAAGGACUGGCAGAAAAGUUAAAGACAAACCCAGAUAAGGGAAUUCACGAAGAUGAUUCAAACAUAUUAGAUAGAAAAAAUGUGUUUGGGUCAAAUACAUAUCCACGAAAAAAGGGGCGGAGCUUUUGGAGGUUUAUGUUGGAUGCUUGUCGAGAUACAACCUUGAUUAUUUUGAUGGUAGCUGCCGCUGCUUCUUUGGCGCUAGGCAUUAAAACAGAGGGAAUUAAAGAAGGGUGGUAUGAUGGGGGAAGCAUUGCAUUGGCUGUUAUUAUUGUCAUACUUGUUACAGCCAUAAGUGACUAUAAACAAUCACUUCAAUUUCAGAACUUAGACGAGGAGAAACAGAACAUACAAUUGGAGGUUGUAAGAGGUGGAAGGAGGGUGAAAAUUUCAAUAUUUGAUAUUGUUGUCGGGGAUGUCAUACCUCUAAAAAUUGGAGACCAGGUUCCAGCUGAUGGUGUUUUAAUUUCGGGUCAGUCCCUUGCUAUUGAUGAAUCAAGUAUGACUGGGGAGAGUAAAAUUGUUACCAAAGAUCACAAAUCGCCAUUUUUAAUGUCUGGAUGCAAGGUGGCUGAUGGCUAUGGUACUAUGCUGGCAACUAGUGUUGGAAUAAAUACAGAAUGGGGAUUGCUUAUGGCUAGCAUUUCUGAAGACAAUGGCGAGGAAACACCGUUACAGGUGCGUUUGAAUGGGGUUGCGACGUUUAUUGGUAUAGUCGGGCUUGUGGUUGCUGUAUCUGUUCUUGUCAUCCUUCUCGCUAGGUAUUUUACUGGACAUACGAAGGAUGAAGAGGACAAAGUAGAGUUUAUUGCUGGCAAAACUAGUACUGGAGAUGCUGUCGAUGGUGCAAUUAAGAUUUUUACUGUUGCGGUGACUAUUGUAGUUGUUGCGGUGCCAGAAGGGCUUCCGUUGGCUGUCACCUUAACGCUUGCAUACUCGAUGAGGAAGAUGAUGGCUGACAAAGCAUUGGUUAGGAGGCUAUCUGCUUGUGAAACAAUGGGUUCUGCAACUACAAUUUGCAGUGACAAAACUGGAACCUUAACAUUGAAUUUGAUGACUGUGGUUGAGGUUUAUGUAUGUGGGAAAAAAAUCGAUCCACCAAACAACACGUCAGAAUUAUCAUCAGGGGUCACAUCUCUUCUCAUUGAAAGUGUAGCUCAGAAUACAACUGGCAGUGUAUUUGUGCCUGAGGAUGGUAAAGGCGUUGAGGUUUCUGGAUCACCAACUGAGAAGGCCAUUCUUCAAUGGGGCGUUAAUCUUGGAAUGAAUUUCGAAUCUGUCAGGUCAGAGUCUUCUGUUAUUCAUGCAUUUCCAUUCAACUCUGAGAAAAAACGAGGUGGUGUUGCGGUCAAACGGCCUGAUUCUCAAGUUCAUAUUCACUGGAAAGGCGCUGCUGAAAUUAUCUUGGCUGCAUGUACAACAUACAUGGACAGUAACGGGCAGCUUGUUCCCCUUAAUGAUGGAAAGGUAGAAUAUUUUAAAAAGGCGAUUGAAGAUAUGGCUACUGGAAGUUUGAGGUGUGUUGCUAUUGCCUACCGACCACUGAAGGGGGAAACUGUGCCAACAGAUGAAGAAGAAUUGUCAAUAUGGGAAUUGCCUGAGGAUGAUCUUGUUUUACUUGCAAUAGUUGGUUUAAAGGAUCCUUGUCGGCCAGGUGUCAAAGAUGCUGUCCAACUCUGUGUGAAGGCUGGUGUGAAGGUGAGAAUGGUGACUGGGGACAAUCUCCAAACAGCAAGAGCAAUUGCAUUAGAAUGUGGAAUACUAGGGUCAAACGCAGAUGCUACUGAGCCAAACCUAAUUGAAGGAAAAUCUUUCCGUGCAAUGUCUGAAGCACAAAGACUAGAAGUAGCUGAUAAGAUAUCUGUGAUGGGGCGGUCUUCUCCUAAUGACAAAUUAUUACUUGUGCAAGCACUGAGGAAGAGAGGACAUGUUGUCGCUGUUACUGGAGAUGGAACAAAUGACGCCCCUGCUUUACAUGAGGCUGAUAUUGGUCUUGCGAUGGGGAUUCAAGGCACUGAAGUAGCAAAAGAGAGCAGUGACAUCAUCAUUUUGGACGAUAAUUUUGCCUCAGUUGUAAAGGUUGUCAGGUGGGGAAGAUCUGUUUAUGCAAAUAUACAGAAAUUUAUCCAGUUCCAGCUUACUGUGAAUGUGGCUGCACUUGUAAUUAACGUUGUCGCUGCAGUUUCCUCUGGUGAUGUCCCCUUAACUGCAGUGCAGCUCCUUUGGGUGAACUUGAUCAUGGAUACUCUCGGUGCACUUGCACUGGCCACCGAACCACCCACCGAUCACCUCAUGGAUCGCACUCCUGUUGGGCGCAGGGAGCCUCUAAUUACAAAUGUCAUGUGGAGGAAUUUGUUAGUACAGGCUCUUUAUCAAGUGUCGGUUCUUCUUGUACUCAAUUUUAGAGGCAGAGAAAUCCUACAUUCACAGCAUGACCCUGACGAACAUGCUAAUAAAGAGAAAAAUACUCUCAUAUUCAAUGCCUUCGUCUUUGCUCAGAUAUUCAAUGAAUUUAAUGCACGGAAACCUGAUGAAAUGAAUGUUUUCAAAGGUGUUACUAAAAACCGUCUGUUUAUGGGAAUCGUGGGCUUUACUGUGGUUCUUCAGGUCAUAAUAGUCAUGUUUCUUGGGAAAUUCACCUCAACUGUAAGGCUGAGUUGGCAAUUAUGGCUGGUCUCUAUUGCUAUUGGAAUUAUCAGUUGGCCUCUUGCGGUUGUUGGGAAAUUGAUACCCGUCUCUGAAAGGCCCUUUGGUGAUUAUUUUGUCGUCAUGUUCGCAUGUUGCAUGCCGUGUAGAAAUGGAGGUUCAUCCGCAAGAAGAAACGAGGACAAUACUUGAACAUAAGCGUCUCUGGAAAGGGUACUUGGUCUUUUUACUAGUGUUUUGCUCUUCUGGAUAUAAAAUCAAAGGAACAUACAUCUAACGAUACUAUGGUUUUGAGAGCUCUUGAGACAUAAAAUCAAAGGAACAUACAGCUAAUGAUACUAUGGCUUUUUGUGAAUGGGUGGUUUUUUCCCAACUAGAAUCGUUGUCUAUUGGCAGUUUAGGGGCUUGUUUUAUUAUUUUCUUUGCAAAUAUUCAAACUUUUUUUUAAGUUCUAUCUUCGUACAUAGCAUGAAUUUCUUAUUUCAUACUUAAGUGAAAUUUGUUUUUGAACAAUGAUUGAUACUUAAGUCGAAAAACAGGUUUUAUUCAUAUAGUAAA